AUGUCUUUUUUUUUUCUGUCUGUGCUUGCAGGUCAGAAGAUUCUUCACCACAGAAGUGAUGUCUUAGAAACUGUAGUCCUGAUCAAUCCCUCAGAUGAAGCAGUUAGUACUGAGGUGCGCUUAAUGAUCACAGAUGCUGCAAGACACAAGCUCCUUGUACUAACUGGACAGUGCUUUGAAAGCACAGGAGAACUCAUUCUUCAGUCAGGGACCUUCUCCUUCCAGAAUUUCAUUGAGAUUUUCACAGAUCAAGAGAUUGGUGAAUUAUUGAGCACCACACACCCUGCCAACAAAGCCAGCUUAACUCUUUUCUGCCCUGAGGAAGGAGACUGGAAAAAUUCCAACCUUGACAGACACAACCUUCAAGACUUUAUUAACAUUAAACUCAACUCAGCUUCCAUAUUGCCUGAAAUGGAAGGACUCUCUGAAUUCACAGAGUAUCUGUCAGAAUCAGUAGAAGUGCCAUCACCCUUUGACAUUUUGGAACCUCCAACUUCAGGAGGCUUCUUGAAACUCUCCAAACCCUGCUGUUAUAUUUUCCCGGGUGGAAGAGGGGACUCUGCGUUGUUUGCAGUGAAUGGAUUCAACAUGCUUAUCAAUGGAGGAUCUGAAAGAAAAUCUUGCUUUUGGAAACUUAUCCGUCACUUGGACAGGGUAGAUUCUAUUCUACUCACUCACAUCGGAGAUGAUAACCUGCCAGGAAUCAAUAGCAUGCUUCAGCGAAAGAUAGCUGAAUUAGAAGAGGAACAGUCCCAAGGGUCUACUACCAACAGCGACUGGAUGAAAAAUCUGAUCUCACCUGAUUUAGGAGUUGUAUUCCUUAAUGUACCUGAGAACCUGAAGAACCUGGAUCCUAACUUUAGAGUAAAAAGGAGUGUAGAAGAAGCUUGUUUUACUCUCCAGUAUUUACAUAAGUUGUCUAUGAAACCAGAACCUCUUUUCAGAAAUGUAGGAAAUACCAUUGACCCCAUCAUUUUAUUUCAGAAAAUGGGAGUUGGCAAACUUGAGAUGUAUGUGCUUAAUCCUGUUAAAAAUAGCAAAGAGAUGCAAUAUUUUAUGCAACAGUGGAGUGAUACGAGCAAAAAUAAAGCUGAAUUCCUGCUACCAAAUGGCCAAGAACUAGACAUUCCAUUAUCCUAUUUCACCUCUGUCUCAUCCCUGAUUGUGUGGCAUCCAGCUAAUCCUGCAGAAAAAAUAAUCCGAGUUCUGUUUCCCGGAAACAGCACCCAAUAUAAUAUUCUAGAAGGACUAGAAAAACUCAAACACUUAGACUUCCUUAAACAACCAAUGGUUACACAAAAAGACCUAACUGGGAACAUUGCUAGUCCGGCUGUGAAACAAGCAAAGUUGAAGCAACGAACAGACAGCAAGGAGAGUCUCAAGCCUGCUGUGAAGAC